AUGUCGGACUGCGAAAAAAGUGACAAAAAUUCCAGGGCUAGCUCGCCGAAUGCGGAAAAUAACCGUUACAGGUCUGCUUCUCGGUCGAGAUCACGAUCCCCAGUUAGGUCAAGAUCUCGAUCCAAAUCACCUAGGCGGCGAAGGAUCACUGUCAACUCUAAGAGGGUUUAUGUGUGCAAUAUUCCCUAUGAGAUGAAAUGGAUGGAAAUCAAGGACAUUUUCAAAAAGGAAGUUGGUGAAGCUCCAUAUGUAGACAUGAUGGAAACGGUAGAUGGAAAGCCUAAAGGGGCUUGUCUUUUGGAAUUCAAAGAUAAAGAAACAGCUCGCAAAGCUAUUGAAAAGAUGCACAGAUACAAAGUUAAAGACAGACAAAUUGUUGUCAGAGAGGAAAAAGAAAGUGAUCGACAAAUGAUGCAACAAAUGAAAAAUCAGCAGCAGCAACAUUCAAUGGGAGCUGGCUUGGCAGGUCCUGGCCCCAUGGGCAUGGGUGGCAUGGGUAACUGUGGUGCUGGUGGUGGUGCUGGCGGUGCUGGUCCCAGUCCACAGCUUCUACAAAAUCUAGGCAUUGAAGGUCCUCUCACAAAUACAGUAUUUGUAGCCAAUCUUGAUUAUAAAGUGACAUGGAAGAAACUAAAGGAUGUCUUCAAACUGGCAGGCAAUGUUCUACGUGCAGAAAUCAAGCAAGAUAAAGAUGGCAAGAGCCGAGGGAUGGGAAUUGUCACCUUUGAACACCCCAUGGAGGCAGUACAAGCUAUUUCUAUGUUUAACAGCCAGACUUUGUAUGACAGAGCUAUGGUUGUACGCAUGGACAAAACCAGUGUGGAUACAUCAAAUGACAAAACUUCGCACCCCAAAGUUAAUUUGCCCAGUGGUUUGAAAUCAAUUGGCAUGGGCUUAGGUCUUGGUGGUCAACCAAUGCAGAAUUUUAAUCAGAUGUCAGGUGGUGGACCGAUGGGAGGUGGAUUUGGUGGUGGAAGUGGAGGAGGUUCUGGUAGUAACUAUGGAGGCAUGGGUGCCAUGGGAAGUGGAAUGGGUGGUAUGGGAAAUAUGGGUGGUGGCCCCAUGAAUAACUAUAGUAAUAUGGGUGGUAUGUCAGGUGGUAUGAACACUGGAAUGGGUACUGGCAUGUCGGGUAUGGCAGGUAUGUCUGGAGCUACCAACAUGGGCAGCGGAGCUGGUGGUAUGGGAGGUGGAAUGGGUAGUAACAUGGGUAGUGGAAUGGGUGGUGGUGGUAUGGGCAGCAACAUGACCACAGGCAGAAUGGAUGGCCGAACUAUGAUGAAGAACAUGAGCAGCAGUGGUAGUGGAGGAGGUGGUGGUGGUGGCGGAAGCAGUGGACGUGAUGAUUGCCAUAUAGUAGUCAGAAACCUACCUCACUCCUUCACUUGGCAGAUGUUACGUGAAAGAUUCAGGGAUGUGGGAGAUGUUAAAUAUGCUGAAAUUAAAACAGAUGGUGGUAAAUCUCGUGGCUGGGGAGUUGUUAGAUUUGCUACUCCAGAAGAUGCCCAAAGAGCAGUUAAUUUAAUGAAUCGUGCUCGCAUUGAAGGCAGAGAAAUAGAGUGUUAUUCCCUUUUACCAGCUGUUACAGAUUUAAUCAAACAAGUUGGAUGA